GAACCUUGGCUACAACGAACUGAUAGGCACUACUCCUAGCUUCCUUGGCAACAACCUCCCAAGUCCUGCUCAAUUAUAUUUGGCAGGGAACUAUCUGACUGGCACGAUACCAGCUACAUUAGGCAACCUCUUAGAUCUCGAAAUUCUAGAUUUGAGCUACAACCAAUUGAUCGGCACAAUUCCUAAAUCGCUUUACAAUCUCACAAACCUAAUCACAUUGAACCUUGGUUACAACUUCUUGUCAGGAACCAUUCCUGAGUCCAUUGGCAAGCUCACGAAUCUGAACGUCUU